AUGGAGAGCCGCAACGACCUUAGUUCAGACUCACUGUUAGAUCCGCGACAUCAUCUGGCCUCAGGUGACCCGCCACCUCCAAAAGCAACCAUCACAGAGUCUUUGAUAAAAGACAAGACCUCGUGGUCUUAUGUAGUUCGGAGCGGGCUUGCUGGUGGCAUUGCAGGAUGCGUCGCCAAGACUGCCGUCGCACCGCUUGACAGGGUCAAGAUCCUAUUCCAAGCGCAAAACCCCGAGUUUGCUAAAUACUCUGGCAAGAUGAGCGGCGUAUUCCGGGCGGCUAACGAGAUUGCUCGGAGCCAGGGCGUCAUGGCGCUCUUCCAAGGUCACUCGGCCACGCUGCUCAGGAUCUUCCCGUACGCUGCCAUCAAGUACAUGGCUUACGACAAGCUCCAUUUUCACUUGAUGCCGACCAAGAACGACGAGACCGGCGCGCGACUCUUUUUGGCAGGCAGUGCAUCUGGCGUGCUGUCUGUGUUUGUCACGUACCCACUCGAGCUCAUCCGAGUCCGGCUGGCUUUCGAGACAAAGCGUAAGCGCGAAUCCGGUGGUCUUUCGCGCAUCAUCCGGCAGAUCUACACGGAGGGCUCGACGGAGGCACCCUUUUCGGGUGACGCCAGGAAGCGGGCUGGCAGGGCGGCUGCAAGUGUGACACCAGGAGCAGGUGCAGGUGCGACAGCGGGAUUAGUGGGGAGCACCGCACAUCUCUCUACAUCUGCUCUGCAGAGGCAGGCGGUCACUGCCGGUGCGGGUCCCAAUUCUCCUGUGCCGAUGCCACGGACGCCGACCGUGGCCGAGAUGAAAUCAUACGAACUGCUCACUCGGUUUCCCAUGCUCAAAUUUUAUCGUGGAUUCAGCGUGACCGUGAUGGGCAUGAUCCCGUACGCUGGCACGAGCUUCCUCGUCUUUGGCCGCUGCAAGACGACGCUGCAGACCCUUUUUCCACCACGUGAGGAUAGCGUCGCGCACGGCGGGCGGCGGGCGUGGUGGUGGCCGAGCAAGACCACGGUGGACUUGACCGCUGGCGCGCUGGCCGGCGCCAUCUCGCAGACGGCUGCGUACCCAUUUGAAGUCAUCAGGAGGCGGCAGCAGGUCGGCGCGACGAUCAGGCCCGGCAGCCUGCUCGGCAUGCGCGAGACAGCCAUGUGGAUCUGGAGGACUUCUGGAUUCAAAGGCUUCUACGUGGGUCUCAGCAUUGGAUUCCUCAAGGUUGUGCCGAUGACCUCGAUCAGCUUUGCUGUCUGGAUGGGCAUGAAGAGACAAAUGGGCAUCUGA